GGCGGCGGCGGCGGGCGCGGGCCGGCGGCGCCAUGGGGUCGCGGAGGGCCCCCAGCCGCGGCUGGGGCUCGGGCGGACGGUCCGGGGAGGGGGCCGACGGCGAGGACGACGGGCCCGUGUGGAUCCCCAGCCCGGCCAGCCGCAGCUACCUGCUCAGCGUGCGGCCGGAGACCAGGAGCACCUUCUGCUCCAUCAUUGCUCAGCUAACAGAGGAGACCCAGCCGCUAUUUGAGACCACGCUGAAGUCCCGGGCUGUGUCCGAGGACAGCGACGUCAGGUUCACCUGCAUCGUCACAGGAUACCCGGAGCCAGAGGUGACCUGGUACAAGGAUGACACAGAGCUGGACCGCUACUGUGGCUUGCCAAAAUAUGAGAUCAUUCAUCAGGGCAACCGCCACACACUGCAACUGUACAGGUGUCAAGAAGAAGAUGCCGCUAUCUACCAAGCCUCUGCCCAGAACACCAAGGGUAUUGUGUCCUGCUCAGGGGUCCUGGAGGUGGGCACCAUGACUGAGUACAAGAUCCACCAGCGCUGGUUUGCCAAGUUGAAGCGCAAGGCUGCCGCAAAGAUGCGCGAGAUUGAGCAGAGCUGGAAGCAUGGGAAGGAGGCAGUGGGGGAGGCUGACACCCUGCGCAAGCUCAGCCCCGACCGCUUCCAGCGAAAGCGGCGACUGAGUGGGGCUGAAGUGCCAGUCUCCUCAGCCUCUACCAGGGAGGCAGAGGGUGGGACCCUGGUGGCUUGGCAGGAUGGAGAGACUGAGUCUGCUCAGCACCCAGGUUUGGGCCUGAUCAACAGUUUUUCUCCCGGAGAGGUGACCACCAAUGGGGAGGCUGCCCCAGAAAAUGGAGAAGACGGGGAGAAUGGCUUGCUGACAUACAUCUGUAAGGCCAUGGACCUCGGGCCUCAGAGAGCCCCCCAAAAGGAGUCUGGGGCUAAGAAGAAAAAGAAAGAUGAGGAAUCUAAGCAAGGUCUGCGGAAGCCAGAGUUAGAGAAGGCAGCCCGAAGCCACCGUUCUUCAGAAAAUCGUGUCCCCCGUUCAGACAAGCCUGAUUCCCGUGUGAUACAGGACCCCAUGGACAUGAAGCAGGUUCAGACCCAAUCCAGAGGCAGGGCUGCACGGGGGCUUGGGUCCUCUGGAAUAGAUAGCACCAGGAAGCCAGCCUCUGUGGUGGGAACUGGAGACAAGUCCCAGGAUGCCCCUGCCCCAGUCCAAGGCCCAGACCAGAAAGUGGAUUUCUCCCUGAAGGACAUGUAUAUGGAGAACACCCAGGCAAUCAGGCCUCAGAGGGAGGCGGGGUCCCAGCCCCCAAGUGUCAGGGCACCAAGUGUCAGGGCACCAGGAGAGAUUCCCAUGGAGGCUAGAGGUGAGGGAGUGCCUACUGCCCCUGGCCAGCCCACACCUUUGUUGGCCUCUCAGCUGACUAGGCCUUUCAACAGGAAGAGAUUUGCCCCUCCAAAGCCCAGAGGGGAGCCCACCAUUGACAGCAAGCCCAUUUUUUCCCUGAGUCAAGCUCCAGAAUGCGGGACCCAGAGCUUAGGGAAGGCCUCGCCUCAGGCCCCUGCCCAGGUGCCAACACCCCCUGCCCGGCGCAGACACAGCACCCGGGACAGCCCCUUGCAGGGGCCAGCAGGCAGCAGGACUCCAGGAGAGGUCCUGGAGUCCCAGGCCAUAUCAACCAGCAGCAGCUCUGACAUAGCCUCUGUUGGUUGCAACACGUCAGGAAGUCGAGGUAUCACUGAGCCCAUGGAUAUGGGAACCCAGGAGGAUGGAAGAACAUCUGCUUACCAGAAAACUGGAGGCAAGAAGAAUACACAGGCAGAUGGAAAGAUGCAGGCGGAUGGGAGGACCAAGGGACAUAGAACACAAACAGCCCAGAGGACACAGGCAGAUAGGAAGACACAGGAUGUUGUGACACAAGAAAGUGAGAGGCGACAGUCAGACAGGAGUUCACAGAAGGGUGUGGUCACACAGGGAAGAGCAAAGACACAGGUAGAAAGGACACAGGCAAAUGAGAAGAUACAGGAAGACAGGAAGGCACAGGCAGAUGAGAGGACACAGGAAGACAGAAAGAUACAGGAAGAAAAGGGGACACAGUCGGAGGGGAAAAAGCCAACAGCCAUAAAAAGUCAGUCAGAGCAAGAGUCUGUAACCAGCCUCAGCCCACCAUCCAGAGCCCCUGAACUACUACCUUUAGAGAGUCCUAGGUCUCCUCAGAUUAUGGAAUGUUUUACACAGACCCCAGAAGGGUCUUGUGUCCCAGAAAAACCUGGUUUCAUGCUCAGAUCUAUGAAGGCCGCAGUCACUACUUCCGGGAGCCAUGAGGAAACUGUGCUGGGUCCCCUCUCAGAGAACCUUACGCUUCCAGCACAGUUGCCUCCUGAGGGGAAGUUGGAACAGGUGGGAGGAGAGAGAUGUCAAAGGCCAGAGGGGUCAGGACCAAUCAAGGUCAAGCUGGAGGAAAACCUGUUCCAGUGCCCCAAGGAGGAGCAGCAGUGGGGAGAAGUGCCGUGUAUGGAUCUGGGUGGCUGUCCUCCAGCUGGCCUGAGCCAGGAGGUGCCCAUUAUGCCCUCUCUUCCUGGGACUGGCCUGACCAAUAGCCCACAGGAGGGGUUCCCCAGCACCCCGACUUCUCAAGACAUGAGCAUAGCUGCCUUCCUGCCCUCUGGGGACCAGGCCUUGCUGAGUUCUGUCCCCACACUGCACCUGGGGCCAGGGACCCCCACCCGGAGUCAACAACCAGAAACCAGUUUGGCCACCAGCAGUGAGGGGGCCUGCACACAGGUGCCAGAUGUGGAGGGGAGGACUUCAGGCCCCCGGAGCUGUGACCCUGGCCUCAUAGAUUCCCUGAAGAACUACUUGCUUCUACUGCUAAAGCUAUCCAGCACAGAGACGAGUGGAGUGGGGGCAGAGUCCCAGGCGGGGGCUGCCACUGGGGGACUAGAAUCCUCGUCCAUUCUGGUCCCUCCUGUGGAAGUGGCUGGGCUGAGUCCCCGGACGUCACGGCGCAUCCUAGAGCGUGUGGAGAACAACCAUCUGGUGCAGAGUGCACAGACCCUGCUGCUGAGCCCCUGUACCUCUCGCCGCCUCACUGGCCUCCUGGACCGUGAAGUGCAGGCUGGCUGUCGGGCCCUGGCUGCCACCCAGGGCUCCCGGGGCCCUGGUCCCAGCCCACUUACUGUCCCCGCCAUCGUGGUAGGCGAGGAGGACCCUGGGCUAGCCUCAGAAGGGUCCAGUGAGGAUGAGGGAGAGGUUUCCCUUGAGGGGCCUGGACUCCUGGGGGCCUCCCAGGAGGGCAGCUUGGGAAGGACUCUUGGGGAGGAAAGUAGGCAGGCAGCCUCUGGGCAAGGACAGCUCUUUUCAGAGAGCAGAGCCCAGGAACCCUCCCAAGAGGAGGAACCCUCCCCAGGGGGGGCUCUGACAGGUCUCCCUGCAGCUACGCCUGAGGAACUGGCUCUGGGGGCCCGGAGGAAGAGAUUUCUCCCUAAAGUCAGAGCAGCAGGAGACGGGGAGGCAACCAAGCCUGAAGAAAGGGAGAGCCCCACGGUUUCCCCCCGCGAGCCCAGGAAGAGCCUGGUACCCGGAUCCCCAGGGACUCCAGGGCGAGAGAGACGCUCCCCUACCCAGGGCAGAAAGGUGGGCAUGCUGGAGGUGCCACGGGCAGAGGAGCCAGUGGCAGAAGACCUGGGAUCCAGCCCCAAGGCCAGUGGUCUGGAUGCAGAGCUGGCUCUGGAUGAAGGCAAGGAGGAAGCUCUGGCUAAGCCCAGGAAAGCCAAAGACCUGCUAAAAGCCCCGCAGGUAAUCCGAAAGAUUCGUGUGGAGCAGUUUCCCGAUGCCUCGGGUAGCCUGAAGCUCUGGUGUCAGUUUUUCAACAUUCUCAGUGACUCAGUUUUGACAUGGUCCAAGGAUCAGCACCCAGUGGGAGAGGUGGGCAGGAGUGCAGGGGAUGAGGGGCCAGCGGCCUUGGCCAUCGUGCAGGCAUCCCCCAUAGACUGCGGCAUGUAUCGAUGCACCAUCCACAACGAGCAUGGCUCAGCCUCCACUGACUUCUGCCUCAGCCCCGAGGUGUUGUCAGGAUUCAUCUCCAGAGAAGAAGGUGAAGUUGGAGAAGAGAUUGAGAUGACCCCCAUGGUGUUUGCUAAGGGUCUGGCUGACUCUGGCUGCUGGGGGGACAAGCUCUUUGGGCGACUGGUGAGUGAGGAACUUCGAGGGGGUGCACAUGGGUGUGGCCUUCGGAAGGCCUCUCAGGCCAAGGUCAUCUACGGGCUGGAACCCAUCUUCGAGUCGGGCCGCACAUGCAUCAUCAAAGUGUCCAGCCUGCUUGUUUUUGGGCCCAGCAGUGAGACUUCUCUCCUGGGCAGAAACUACGAUGUCACCAUCCAGGGGUGCAAGAUCCAGAACAUGAGUCGGGAGUACUGCAAAAUCUUUGCAGCUGAAGCCCGGGCCGCACCUGGCUUUGGAGAGGUGCCCGAGAUUAUCCCACUGUAUCUGAUCUACCGGCCUGCAAACAAUAUCCCAUAUGCUACCCUGGAGGAGGACCUGAGCAAGCCCCUGGAGUCUUACUGUUCCCGGGAAUGGGGCUGUGCUGGGGCUCCAACAGCAUCUAGCAGCUCUGAGGCCAUACAGAAAUGCCAGACCUUCCAGCACUGGCUGUAUCAAUGGACAAAUGGCAGCUUCCUUGUCACAGAUUUGGCAGGGGUUGACUGGAAGAUGACUGAUGUGCGGAUUGCUACCAAACUGCGAGGAUACCAAGGCCUGAAGGAGAGCUGUUUCCCUGCCCUGCUGGACCAGUUUGCCUCCUCCCACCAGUGCAACGCCUAUUGUGAGAUGCUGGGGCUAAAGCCCCUCAAGGGCCCUGAGGCUGCCCACCCCCAAGCCAAGGCCAAAGGCUCCAAGAGUCCAUCUGCUGGCAGGAAGGGACCCCAUCUGAGUCCUCAGCCCCAGAAGAAAGGCCUCCCUAGUCCUCAGGGUACCCGGAAAAGUGCCCCAAACUCCAAGGCCACCCCUCAGGCCUCGGAGACAGUCGCUGUGCAGUUAUUGGGACAGCCUCCCACCCAAGAGCGGGGCUCCAAGGCCCAGGGUAUGCGGUAGCCCCAACAGGAGCUGGGGGCUUCCACUCAGCAGCAGACCAACAAGGAAGCAACUUGAACCGGAUGGAGACUUCCCCAAUAUGGAACUAACCGGAGAAGGUGCACUGAGGAGGCACCACUUUGGGACCUCUCUGAGCAGCCUGUCGUCAAUCAGCUCCUCAUCAGAUGGCGCUGGUGCAUGGCACUCAUCCCACUGGCCUCUUCUGGUGCCAUCAUCACCCAGGGUUCCCAGGCCUCCAGCAGGCCCCACUUCCAAGCACCUGGCAGCCUAGGCCCUCCUUGAAGUUUACACUCGCCACUGCUGGAGGCUCCCCUGAGUCCUCUGCGUGAAUUCUGUACCCUGACCCCUUGCCCCAGCCAAACCCUGCAGCAAAUGUACUCUGGGGGCAUCAGGCCAACAUUUACCUGCUUGCCUGUGCUUGGCCCUGAUCUCUCCCUGUCCUCAGGGCACCAGACUUUCUCUGCUGGAUCUGGCCUGGUGACUCUCAGGGUGUCUUCUCCUUCCAGCUACUUUGCCUCAUUCAUCCCAGCUUAUCCUGCAACUAACCUGUCUCUGAGCCCAGAUGGGUUUCAGGGCCCUUCCAGAGGCUGUCAUGUCCUUGUGCAGUGGUCUUUGAUGUUGUGUGUUUAUGCUCUCCCUUCCCCCUCACUCAGGCACUUCUUUGCCUGCUUCCCAUGCUCCCUUGCCAUCCCCCGAGACCCCAUCCCUGGCUUUGAGCCCAGUUGCAGCCUGCUCCCUGCCCUUCACUGACUUUUUGCUUGUCCCUUAGCCCAGAGGCUCUCCUAGUCCUCACCCUACACCCUGCCCAUCAAUACUCAGGUGAGGAGCAGAUCCUCUGGCCUCUCACUCCACCCCAGUACACUCAUCCCCUACUUCUCCCAGGCUCUUUGCUCAUGAGGUGAGAGCUGGCAUAAGGGUUGUGUGAGCAACUAUAGCCAGAGGGAGGGUGUUGACUUAGAGGGAGCUUGUGCUCAUACUGAAAGGAAUUGGGGUCACAGUGAAUUUCACAUCCCUUUUCAACCAGGGAUGGAGGGCUGGGACUCUUCCCCAUGAGGGAGUACAUAUGGGUGUUCUAGGGAGGAUGCAACCCAUCCACGCACUUGAGUGGGGAGGUGUCUCUGUGCCUGGGAAUUGGGAUCCUUGCCCCCACCCAUUUGCUCUUGAUCCUGGGGCUCCAGCUCAGGCCCUCAUGUAUGGGCUCCCAAGGACUUUCUGUGCUAGGCCCAGCACCCUGAGUCCUUCCUGAACAUCCCUUUUUGAAGAUGGAGGCAGGGUAGGUCUGGUACUAGCCUGCUCCCCUUGGAAUGCAAUAAAGGCAGCAACUGUGUAUACUGCUUGCCCUCA